GAUUUUAACAAAUGGGUGUGAGAGUUACUUAUCGUAGAAGAACCAGCUAUAACACAAGAUCUAAUAAGAUUAGAAAGGUCAAGACACCAGGUAUUAAAAUACUCCAUGUUAGGUGGCAACGUUGUUGUUUAAUACCCAAAUAAAAAGACAAGUGCUUCAACAUGCGCUGAUUCUAAUUUGAAUGUUGUCUUAAAUGGACUUAAACGCAUUAGACCUACAAAACUUAAGUAACUUUCCAGAAGACAAAGAACAGUAUCAAGACCAUAUGGAGGAGUAUUGAGUGCUGGAGCCCUAAAAAAUCGCAUCAUUAGAGCAUUUUUAGUAGAGGAAGUGAAAAUAGUAAAACAAAUCAAAAAGUGAUUUAAUCAUACAUUAAUAUUUAAUUUAUGGG